ACCUGUUUUCGGUUUAGCGUUUUCCUUCGGUUCUCGUUCAGAUGAAAAACCAACUAUUUCACUUGGCAAAGUGAUAGACAAAAUAUUUUUUUCUGUUUCUUUGAAUGUGUGAUUGCUGGAUAACUAAACAAACGAAAUAGUUUUCGAGUCUUCAAAAAUAGAAUACAUUUUUUAUAAUUGUUUUCCACAUAUUAAUUAAAUUAUUAACAGUGUGGCUCUAUUUGAUUUGGUUGCUCGGUGAACUAUUUGUUCGAGUCGGGGUGUCAUUGGCAUCCGAAUAAGGUGCAAAAUGUUGCCAUUGCAUUGAAAUCGAUAUUUUUUUUCUCCAUUCGUUGCGUGCUAAUGAAGUGAAGAAGUUGGAAUUUAAAGUGCGAGUUUUAUGUUGAAUUAUUAGCGCAUUUAUGGAGUCUAAAGGGGGAGGUGCGAGGACGACAACUACAAUAUACUCACGUCUUAAGCAAUAUUCUUUUUUACGUUUUUGUACACACUGCGAUCUUCUUUUUCCACGUGUUUUUUCCCACUAGCAUUUUAAUUUUUUUCGCCUCUGAACGAACCAACAAAAAGAAAAUAAACAAAAAAAAAAGAGGCUAAAGCGAAACGAGUAAUCUCAAAUUAAGUGCUACGGCCAGGUAUCCAAUAUUCCAUAGAAAAAUGUCCCAGAUAGGGAAAACAAUUAAAAAUCUCGAGGCGCCGCGACCGUUAAAAUCGCGAUCUAGCCAUCAAUUAAAAAAUUAUAUGGUAAUAGAAGAGUUAAUUCAACUAGUGGAAACGGUCGCUAUGACUCUAGCAUCGGGUAUAAGUAAUCCAGAGUCAAUGGCCAUUCUCAUAUCGAAUCUCCGAAUAAAUGGUCCACAGUUGGAAACUAUUGCAAAGGAUACUUUGGAUCGUGCCUUCGUGACGUUUCGCAAUGCAUCACAAGAUGAACGUUUAAAUAUUAUGACACGUUUGAAUCUACUUGAAUUGAUUGAAUUACGAGCGAAAUCAUGGCAAGACGAUGGUAUUAAUAUGUACUACAAGCAAAAGGCAAAUAACGUUGAGCCUGAUAACGGUUCGAAUGUAACAGCAGGUUUAAUUGAUCAAUCAACGUUGAUAAGCACCUCCCCCACAUCGAUGGCUGGAUUAUCGAUGGGACAGGCAUCACUGACCACACAAAUUCUCGGUCCAGGAGAGGUUAUACGAGCAUCUGGUAAAUUUUCGAAGCCGACCAAAAUUCCUGGUAAAAAUUACUCUAAAGAUGAAGUUGUAAUUCGAAAUGCCGACUCCGGAAAAGUAAUGGGAAUUAAGGGAAGACGUGUCCACAUGAUUGAGGAGUUGAGUGAGACAAUUAUUUCAUUUCAGAGAGUGAAUCCAGGCGCUAAGGAACGACUUGUUCAAAUUACUGGACCCAACGAAGAAAAAAUUAAUUACGCGAAACAUUUAAUUGAGGACACAAUACGUCGCAAUGCUUCACCUGUACGUCUUGAAUCAUCAGCAUUUGGUGGUGCAACUCAAGGUGGUGCCGCAGGCGGCGGUGGUGGUUCAUGCAGUUCUCUAGCCUCAUCUGCAUCGGAUGAAGCUGUACCGAGAGCGAAUAAUCGAAAUAGUAUUGGUGCUAUGAUGGGUGGUCUUGUCGGUAUGACGAAUCAACCUAAUUAUGUAGGUAGUAAUUAUGGUGGCGUUAUGAUGGCAACAGGUCCUAGUGGUAGAUUAGUACGUACGCCUGGUAAUAAUCAAUUGUUAUCACAUUCGUAUUCAACGAACGAUGCUUCACUUGGCGAAUAUAAAUAUACAGUAAAUGUUGGACAGCAUUUAAUAAAAAUUACAGGAGAUAAUUGUGAAUUAGUUAGGGUAGCGAAAUUAGUAUUGGACGACUAUUUCAGUAGCAACGAAUUUUUAGCUUCCUUUGAAGCUGGAGCUGCAUUUGACGGUUCGUCGACGUUGUUAAGCUCAUCAACAACACCCACGACACCACUUUCAGCUCCAUUUAUUCCGUCUGCUCAUCCACUAGUGUCGUCUCCAUUUGCAGAUAGUGGCAUUGGAUUGAAUUACAUGGCAAGUCAUGGAAUUGCCAAUAGUAAUAUUCCAGAAGGAGAUGAUGACGUCUUCAUUGUUGAACCAAGUGCUCAACCCACAACGCAGCUUAAUGGCCUGGCCAGAUCCAGGCGUAGCCACUUCUCACGUAAGGAUAGUGCUCCCGAUGGUAUUGGAAACAAUGGUAAUAAAGGAUCGGAAGCGGCUGGUACCAACAAAGCUGAAGCUCGUAUCGUUCACGAAUACGAACGACUAAUUUACUACUCGAAAAGUCCACAUUCAUGGGCGCUACCACGUGAUUGGAAUAAGAUAGUCGAAAAGCAUCCAUCGCUCGUACGAAAUAAGGACCUCAACGAUGAACAGCACCGUUUCGAUGCCGAUAAAUACAUGGCACUUAUAAAAUCUGGUAAACGAAUACUUGCUGUCAACGAUGCGACCGCUGAAUCAGAAUCACCAGAUCUCGAAUAAACAAGUGAGAAGUGAGAAAAAAAAAAUGUUUUUAGUAGAUACGGAAACGUUGUGGUAGAAAAAAAAGUAGAUAUACAUAUAAAAAAAUAGAAAAGAAAAACAAAUUUUCUACAAGAUCCAAACUACUUUUUUUGCAUUGAUGCAAAUAAAAAAAAAAGCGGUUUUAAACAUCUUAUUUAAUAUAUUUUUGUAAUAAGAAUGAUGGUUGGGAGAAAGGAAACAAAAAGUAGUAACAAAUCUACAAAUAUAUUUGAUAAGAGUUUAAACGAAAAAAACUAUGUCCAGUGCCAAGAGAAAGAAAACCAUAAGAGGUUUUCAUUUGUUAAUUCUAAGGCAAAUAUUUUUUUUUUUUUGUAGAUUCUUAGACUUCCAAUGUCCUUUCAUUUUCUUUUUGGUACGUUACCCAUCACUCAUGGAAUAUCUAACGCCAAUUAACACUUCAGGUAAUCAAACCAGGACAUGAAUAAAAUAUUAAAAUAAUCAUUCACAGAAAUUAAUAAAAACCAGUUUAAUCUUUACAGUAGAAUACAAACUCCAUUUAUUAUUGUAACUUCUUUACAUAACGUAUAAAACUACAGCAGUUUUUUUGCAUAUUGUCAUUGUAUUGAUAAUAAUUUAUUAACAAAACCUCAUUUUGCAUCGUAUGGGCCUUACGUAAUUUUGUUUGACCAGGGUCUAAAGUGAAACGGAUUUUUUAUUGUAUAUAAUUUUACAAUAAUUAUAACAAAAGUAACGUUUUGGAAGGAGUUAGUGAUUGAUAAACUUAUCGUCAUGGUCGUUAUGACAAUUACUAUUUAGCAUGAUAAUAAUAAAUUAUAUUUUUAUAAAAUAUAAAUAAACACUAAAAACCGCAUAGAAUGUGGAUUACCUUACAGAAGCCUAAUGGAUAGAAAAGCACUAAUAAAUGAGGAGUUAUAGUCGAAAUGGUAAACAGAUGAUUUUUAGGGACAAAAUUUUACUGUUUUACCUAAAAGAUUGAUAUUUUCUUAGAACUUGGUAUUUGAAGGGCUUUCUGUGACCCUCUUUAGUUUUUUAAUGUUGUUACUUGCUCUAUACUGUAAUCAAUUAAUUAUAUAUAACAAAUUUGAUUAUAAUACAACUCAUUUUCCAAUUGCAUAACAACAAAUAACAAUUAUAGGAAAUACCAAUAUUUUCUGUUGUAUAUUGCAUAAUAUAUAUAUUUAUUCUCGUGCCUUUCAUUUUGCUUCUUAUAUAUUACCUUGUCAUGCUACAAUAGAUUAUUUCUAGUCUUAUUAAAACUCAAUGAAAAUUGCAUUCACACCUUUUAUUUAAUCCAUAAUAUUCUACUCUCAUCUUUUAUCUUUUGUUCAGGUGAUUAAAUUGAUUCCUAUAUAAUAAUUCCUGGAAUUAAAACUAUUCUCUGCCAACUUUUGAAUAUCAAGUAAACUCUUUGAUUCCGAUUUCAAACUUAGAAGGAAUCAAAAUAUUUCAUGAUAGUUUGCAUGAAAAAUAAUCCAUAUGAAGACAUUACGUUAAUUAUAUUUUUAUUUAUUAACAUCCAAAUAAAUUAUUUUAUUUUCUCAUCACGAACUUAAAUAAGAAAAGAAAGAAAAAAAAAAAUAAGAAAAACGCCAAAAGCGAAAAUAACCAAGAAAAAAACGUUUGUAUACUUAAAUCUAGAGGAAAGUAUUCGGAUUGAUUUAUAUAAAAUUUUCACAAUUGUCACUUGCUAAACCUAUAUUACUCUUUGAAUUUAAUUUAUUUGAAAUAUUAUACAAAACGGAUUUUUUUCCAUAUCAUCACUCCAGAAAAAGUAAUGAAAUAACUCUUAACGUAGAUAAAAGUGAAAUAACUGUUACUACUUUCACGUGCAUAUAAUAUAUAACUUUUUACAACAAAAAAACGAGGUAGAAAAAAAACUCAUUUAAUGCGUUAUUUUUGCAUAAAAGGGUAGAAGUUUUUAUUCUUGUAUUAUUGUAUUUAUACACACUUCAAUUGAAAGAAAACAAUACAAAGUGAAGUGAUCGAAAGGGAAAAUUAAGAUAAAAACAAAAAAUAUAAACCAAAAACUUACAAAAACAUGAUCUUGAUUUUUUUUCAAUUAUCCUUUUGAUUUUUUUUUACUCAUUUAUUAGAGUAUUUUAGUUGUUAGAAGGAUAUUUUUUUUUUGAUAAAAAAAUUAGAUUUAUUGAUUUUUUCUUGAAUUAAGUUUGGCAGAAUUGUCGUUUUUUUUUUGAAUGGAAAUAAAAAUCAUAAGAGAUUGAGACUAAGAAAGAAAAAUAAUUAAACACUCAAAAUGAAUUUGUAUUAGUUGAACGGAGAAAAGAGAUAAUUUUUUAUGUAAUCGAUCCAUUAUUUAUGAAAAUAUAAAAUUUUACACGGCGAAACUAAAAAUAAA